UUGGAAGAGAGAGGAAGAGGAAGAGCCGAGUUGGGGCAGAGACUCUAAGGGAGUGCCUCCAAGCCCGGCCCUCCCCUUUGGCCCCUUGCUUCGCCUGCUGCCCUUGGCGGCCGGCCCAGAAGUCGCUGUCCCCAUCCCAGGUGCUGAAACGGAGCCAACCCCUCCCAAGCAGGAGCAGCCGCGUCAGCCGCCGGGGAAGGAAGGGCCAAGAGGAGGAGGAAGAGGAGGAAGAGAGAGGGAUGAGAGGCGCCUCGGCCUCGCAGCCCGCUCGCAUGGUCUCCCGCCUGCCUCCAUGACGCCGCCGGGCCCCCGAGCGCAGGGCCCCCCAGUGCAGGGACCCCGGCUCUUCCUGCUGCUCUUGUGGUUGCCUCUGCUCUCGGGGCAACUGCGCUACGCGGUGGAGGAGGAGCGUCCCCGGGGCGCGGUGGUGGGCGACGUAGCGGCGGACCUAGGCCUGGAGCCGGGGCUUUUGGCCUCCCGCGGGGCGCGGCUGACCUCGGGCAGCGGCCGGCGCUUCCUAGCUUUGGAUGUGUCCCGCGGGCUGCUGGUGGUGGCGGAGCGGCUAGAUCGGGAGGCGCUGUGCGAGUCUUCCUCGCCUUCUGUGCCUUGCCUGCUGGGCCUGGAGCUGGUGCUGGAGCGCCCCGUGGAGGUCCACGCGCUGGAGGUGGAGCUGCGCGACCUCAACGACCACGCGCCCCGCUUCCCGCGGCCUGAGUACCACCUGGAAGUCAGUGAGUCAGCCCUGCCGGGGGCCCGCUUCCCCAUCGAGGGCGCGCGCGACCCGGACCUCGGGGAGAACACCGUCCGCGGGUACCGCCUCCGCCCAAGUCAGCCCUUUGGCUUAGACCUACGCGACUUUGAGCAGCGAGGAAGCAGCAGCAGUAGCAGUUCACUCCUGGAGCUGGUGCUGCUCCAACCUCUGGACCGUGAGCAGGCCUCCCAGCUGCGUCUGGAGCUCACUGCCUUCGACGGGGGGCACCCACCUCGCUCAGCAGUAGCCCAGAUCUUGGUGCGGGUUUUGGACACCAACGACAACGCUCCCACCUUUGAGCGGGGCACCUACACAGCCACGCUUCUUGAGAACGCUGCCCCCGGGACGUUGGUGGCACGGGUCAACGCUUCCGACGCCGACGAAGGCGCCAAUGGGGAGGUGGAGUACUCCUUCAGUGGAUACACUCCACCAGAAGUGCGGCGCCUCUUCAGUGUGGACCCGGUCUCCGGAGAGGUGACCGUCAACGGCACCUUGGACUACGAAGAAGCCGCCUCCUACGAGAUCUAUGUCCAAGCCACCGAUCGGGGUCCCGUGCCUAUGGCGGGGCACUGCAAAGUCCUGGUGACGGUCUUGGAUGCCAAUGACAAUGCCCCUGAGGUGGCGCUGACGUCUUUGUACAGCCCCGUCCCGGAGGAUGCCCCACCGGGCACCGUGGUGGCCUUGAUGAGCGUCACAGAUAGGGACUCUGGCCCCAAUGGGCAAGUCACCUUGAGCAUCCCAUCAGACCUCCCUUUCAGGCUGAACGCCUUCAAAAACUCCUACACUUUGGUCACGCAGGAGCUUCUCGACCGGGAGAGGACCUCAAGCUACAACAUUACAAUUACUGCCACCGAUGCAGGGGUUCCGCCUCUAUCUUCCCACAGAGUUGUCCAAGUGGACAUCUCUGAUCUCAAUGACAACCCACCACGGUUUGAGGAACCUACUUACUCUGUUUAUGUCCCUGAGAACAAUGCUCCAGGAGUUGCUCUGUGCACUGCCAAGGCCGUGGACCCCGAUGCAAAUGAAAAUGCCCACAUUUCCUACUCCCUGCUGAAUGGAGAGAUCCAAGGACUCCCUGUCGUUGCCUUCGUCUCCAUUAAAUCUGAUACUGGUGACCUUUACGCCGUGGGUUCCUUUGAUUAUGAAAAGCUGAGGGAAUUUCAAGUUGUCGUCCAGGCCCAAGACUCAGGGGUGCCACCUCUCAGUAGCACAGCCACUGUGCACAUCUAUGUGGUGGACCAGAAUGACCAUGCACCACAGAUUCUGUAUCCUACCUCAGGCAAUGCCUCCAUUGCAGUGGAGAUGAUUCCUCGCUCGGCCCACGCCGGAUACUUGGUCACCAAAAUCAUCGCCAUUGAUGCAGACUCUGGGCAGAAUGCUUGGCUGUUCUUCCACUUGGCCCAGGCCUCAGCUCCAGGCUUCUUUAGCGUGGAAGUUCACAGCGGGGAAGUUAGAACUACCCGAAAACUAGGUGAGGACAGUGCAGCCACCUUCAACCUUACCAUCGGAGUGAGGGACAAUGGAGAGCCAGCCCUGUCUUCCUCUGUGUCCAUAUACAUUGCUGUUGUAGACCGGAUCUCUCAAAUAAUCCCUAACACUAGGAGGCACAUAAGAAGUUCCAGAAGUUACUCGGAGAUCACUCUUUAUCUGAUUGUUGCUCUGAGCUCAGUUUCAUUUAUAUUUCUCCUGACAGUUGUUGUCCUUGCUGUGAUAAAGUGCCACAAAGACAGUCUGCAUGGCAAGACCUAUUGUGGGGGUUUCUGUGGGACUCGCCGAGAAAGGUACCCGGUUGAAAUGUACAAACAAGCCAAUGACCAUCUUGAUGCCACAUUGCCGACUGGUUUGAACAUUCAGCCUCAUUUUGUUGAAGUACGGGGCAAUGGGUCUCUUUCCAAGACUUACUGCUAUAAAGCCUGCUUGACUGCAGGUUCAGGUAGUGACUCUUUCAUGUUUUACAAUACGGGGAUCCCGACAGGAAUCCACCCAGGGGCUGUGCUGCCUGACAGACAUCUGACCGGACAGAGUGGACAGAGCUCCCAAAAUCUGAUUGUAUUUAAGAGUGAGCCUAUCACUCCAAAUGAGCCAAAACCACCCAAUCCUGACUGGCGUUAUUCUGCAUCUUUAAGAGCUGGCAUGCAAGGUGCUGUACACAUGGAUGAGGCAGGAGCCUUACGCGUAGGACCAGGACCUGAACAGCAGUGGCCAACAGUGUCCAGUGCGACAACAGAACCCGAAGCCGGUGAGGUGUCCCCUCCAGUUGGAGCUGGAGUGAACAGCAACAGCUGGACCUUUAAAUAUGGACCUGGCAACUCCAAACAGCCUGGUCCCGGUGAGUUGCCAGACAAAUUCAUUAUCCCAGGAUCUCCGGCAAUCAUCUCCAUCCGCCAGGACCCACCAAACAGCCAAACUGACAAAAGUGACUUCAUAACCUUUGGCAAGAAGGAGGAGACCAAGAAAAAGAAGAAGAAGAAGAAGGGAAACAAGGCUCAGGAGAAAAAAGAAAAGGGCAACAGCACCACUGACAACAGUGACCAGUGAGGGGUUUAUACUGAACAAUCUACUUAGCCAAUUUUUGUAAUCUUGGAAGAUUUCUCCUAUGUAGCAACUCCCAACUUCUUCCUACUGUUAACCAGUUCCCUGUAUGUGCAAGACUUCAAAAAUCUGCAGGGAAUUCACAAUGUCUGUCUAGAUUGCUUAACAGGUUUUGUCUUGAAAGCUUUAUUAAGCCUGGUGUUAACUCUUUUUCUCCACUCUGGCUUGUUUUCAGAAUCUAAAAAGCAGACACAAGUUUCUUUUCUCCUACGCUGAAAAGGAGACUCUUCACAAUACAGCCAGUGCGAGGUUGGACUCUUUGCAUUGUGGUUCCUGUGAUCCUGUUCUGAUGACACUUAUGGGGUGGGGGUGGGCAGCUUAACUUUUUUGGUAUUGUGCACCCUGUACCUGAUCGGAAACUCUUGUGUGCUGAUUUAAUGGCUAGAUGAUGCGAGAUCAGAUUAAUACGAUGCAAGAAGAGUUUUUGUAAAACACAAACAAAGUUUCCUGGAAAUUAAUGUGCAAUGCUGUAUGGCCUGGGCAACUAUCUUAAAAAUUGCAAUUCGAUUUUUUUCAUAAUCCGUAAAAUCUAGUGUGUAGUACGCUGGAGCUUUUAUAUAUUUUAUAUACACACUCCAGCAAAAUAAUAAUACUAAUAGAAAGACUCACUCAGAUGACUUUUAUGAGAUACUAUGAAGUAUAUCUUCUUCAAGCCAUUGGCCAUAUUGCCACAGUAAGGCCUUUGUUCUCCUAGCAAGGAUGUCCCUCAGGGAACGUCUGCAUGGCAGCCUCCCACGCUCUUGACUCAGUGCUGGAGGGUGAGAAAUUAUCUCUCUCACACACACGUAUAUCUAUCAAAAAGGAACUUUGCAGGAGUGGGGAUUAUUCCCUUGCUCACGUCUUGUAUUCAGCUGUGUAGACAGAACUGGUCAUGCAACCCAGACCUUGGCAUGCAUGCACUGCAGGGAGUUGGAUCUCCAUCCAAGGCACAUCCAGUGCCUUGUGAAACCACUGUGCAGACAUGCCCUCAGAGUUAAACAAGGGAAAGAAGGGCUGACAUCUCAGGAAUGUAACAGACUGUGAUGUUUCCUUUAUGUCCUUGUUUCCACUCUAUUUAACAUUCUUUUGCACAUAAUGUCUCUGAAAAGGUCAGAGUAUUUUCCAUAAAACAUAUGCAAAAGUAAGGACAAAAAAAGAAGAAGAAAGAAAGAAAACAAAGACGCCUGAUCUAUGCUACUUGUGAUUUGAUAUCUUUAUUUAUAAAGGGAAUAUAGCUGUAAAUCAAAAAAAGAAAAGAAAAGAAAUAUGGUCUCCUUUAACCCAAACUGAAGUCAAUUUACAGCCAUUAGAAAAUAUAACUGCUGCUAUUGAAGUGCUUUAGAAAAAAUGCCUGAAACAUCUGUAUUAUAUCUGCCAAUCACAGCUUUAUUCUGUCAGGUCACUGGUUUGGGGGAGGGGGGUCUGCCUCUUGCAUGCAUUAAGAAAUACAAGAUUUUCUCUUUCUCUUUUUGCAUUACUUAUUCUGCACUUUGAGUACACAACAUUUGUAAACCAAUUUUCAUCCGAGGAAGCUGAACGCGAACCCUUUCUCACACAAGCAGAUCGACUAACCUGCUAGCUCUGUGCAGUGUCUUGGUGUUAUUAUCUCCCACAUGACCUCCUUGGGUUUUAGUUUGACUUACCUAUGAGUUUAUAAAUUUAUAACCCUACGACUAUCACUUAUUAUGUAAAACUCAAGUACUGUAUGUAUGCUAUAUGCUCUUAUAAGUAUCCUGAAAUAUUUAUGCUGUGCUUGUGUAUGUGAAUGUCAAUGGAACUAUUACCUAGCGUGGACAUUAAGCUUUACUGUUGAAUGUAAAUCCAUUAUUAUUCAUUUUUUGUACGCUUGUGAACAAGUGGAGUAGUGUUAAUAUUUUUAAGCACUGUUAGUUACCAGUUUUUUUGUGUAUGAAUUGAAACACAAGUAAAAUAUCUUUCUUAAAUCAAUACAUCAGUAAACCAUAGGGUUUUAUUUCAGCGGUGGGAGGGUUAUAAAGUCCCUCUUAUAAAGGCAUAGCUGACAUAUGGAACUGUAUAAAAGCCAACCUAUUGUGUGCAUUAAAUUUCACAUAGUGUUUAAA